ACGUUGGCCAUUUAGAAGUUCCUCAGAGCGUCGGGGGUUCUCCUGGCGGAGAGGCCGCGCCGGGCGCCAUGUGGCGAGGGAGCCGUUGUUUGCGGACUUUGCUGGCGGUGAAGUCGUGGGGAGCUGAAGCCGCUGGCGUUCCCAGACGAGCGUGGAAACUGGGCAAGGCUGGACACAGGGAGGCGGCGGCGGCGAUUCCUCGCGUCCCCUGCCGGAGCGCUUCGUUAGUGUUGCGGAGAUUGAGUAGCGAAGGGAUCUCUGAACUGCGGGACGAAAGGGGCGCCGCCGGAGAGGAGCAGCAAGAUGGGCAAGGAGCGGGUGGAGCUGGGUCGGGCUUUCCGUCUGAACUGCUUCCGUCAGUAUUCAGCAUUGACCAAAUGGUAUCACUUUUGAGACAAGAACAUGCCCAAGAUAUUUGUGUUAUCCAGUUGCCUCCAGAAAUGAAAUACAGCAAUUAUUUUAUCAUUGUCAGUGGAACUUCUACAAGGCACCUCCACGCUAUGGCAUUUUACCUGGUAAAAAUGCACAAGCAUUUGAAGACAGACUCUGAUCCUCAUGUUAUACUUGAAGGAAAAGAUUCCGACAACUGGCUGUGCAUAGAUUUUGGCAAUAUUGUGAUCCAUUUCAUGUUGCCAGAGACACGUGAAAUCUAUGAAUUGGAAAAGUUGUGGACACUUCGAUCCUAUGAUGACCAGUUGGCACAGAUGCUCCCAGAAUCCUUGCCCGAAGAUUUCAUACUUGGACUAACUUCUGAACAGCAGUGAUACUUUAAAUAGGGCAAAACAAACCUAUUUUGCAUGACUUGCUGGGGUUGCGGUGGUAAUUCUGGAAAGCUACAACAGGAAGAAAGGCAAAAAAACCCCCUUUGACUCCAGAGUGGCCCAGAACUUGGUAGCAGAAUACAGCUGUAUAAUGAAUAUACAGCACACAAAGAAGGAAAAACUUUUUGUCUCAAAAAGCAUAUUCUGGAAAGGAGACUUGAAUCAAGCAGAAAUGAACUGGUAGAAAACCUAAUAGGUGUUUCCUCAAAGUAUGGGGUUUCCUGUAUCACAUUGUUUUUAUCCUAAACAAUAAUUGUUGGGUAGCACAAGUGUUUCUUGUUGUGUUGCUGUGCUAAUGAUUUUUCAGAUGAAACCCAAGUCUGAAAGGCUUGAUAGGCAUGGCUUGAUCAGCACAGUGGCUAAAAGCAAAGCAAACAGAGCUAUUUUGAAAUGGUUCUGAAUUAAUUUCAUUUAUUAACCUUAGGUAUACUUUUUAUACUGUUCCUACAGGCUAUUCCUACAGCUGUUCCUAUAAACAAGGUUCAGCACAUACCAAGCAAGUGGCAGAAUCUGAAAUGAAUGAGCAGUUUAUCUGCAAAGUGUCUUACAAGUUGGUCACAGUGGGUCACUUAUCUUUCUGCCUGUUUCACAGCUGUAAUAAUUCACUGACCACUCAAGAGCAUCUGCUGGCCAACUUGCUUCAGGAUGCAGAGGUAGAACAGACCCCUGUGCUGCUGUUACUGCCCUAAAACAAAAGCAUGCCAUCCUUGCUAUUCACACACUCACCCCCUUUACCUGUACACCCAUGCACAUCCAAGUUUUACACACCCUUGCAGUUGGAAAGCAUUUUCCAAAUCUUACUGCAGUGGAGGGUUGAUGUGGGAAUUACUACUUUUCUCUGGCAUUGGGUUUGGAAAGGCUUUGCAGGCUAAACGGCUUCAUGUACUACAGGUUUUUCCCAAUUGUGCCCUGUAUGUGGCAAUCUUGUCUAUGAUUAACCAUUUUACAUUCCCUGUCAUAACCAUUGUCCAAUCCAGUACUCACAGCAAAAAAUCAAAAUAAUCGAUGCAUUCUAAUAUAUUCACCUGAAUACCAGAACUAACUUAAAAGUGUCAACAUAAUCUGUGAAAGCUUGUUUGGUUGCAAGUCACUGUCUGUUUAGAAUGAAGUUCCUGGAAAAACAUUUGAACAAGACAGUUAAGCUCUAUUGCUGUAUGCACUUACCUGGAAGUAAGACCCAGUGAACUUGGUAGGAGUUAUUUCUGAGUAGUUGGUAGUAGGCGGCAUAUAAAUGGAAGAAUAAAUAAAUAAAAUGAUUGCAUUGCAAGUCUGAAGAGAGGAGCUUCACUCUGCUGAAAUGUGUGCCCAGUAUCCCCCCUGCAAAGUUUUUGCUAUACAAAAGCAACUGCAGUGCUUCUGAUACAUUUACUACUGCAGAACUAUAACCUAUCUGUAUAAUCAUGUCUGCAAUAAUGAGCCUGUUAAGUCUCCCUCCCUUCAGUGCCUUAAGUAAGAUUAAUACACAACAGCACACUUGUGCUCUCCUGCAAGGUAGCUGUAUUUCAAAUUGCACAAAGCUAAACAAUGUCAUGCCCAGCUAUUAACAGUGCAGUUGCUUUAAGACCAUAGACAUGUAGCAGUUGUGUACAGAAUUCUCCAAAUAGUGACAUGGCAGGCUGUUUUCUUUUCACAGGAAACCAGAUACUGAUUCUUUUAAGCAGAAUUCCUCUAUGGAGUCCAUUGCAUUUUGCUUAAGCCAUAGUAUUAUCCAUCCUUUGCUCCUUCACAUUGCUGCAAUCUGUUAUUGUGUCCAGUAUGCAGAAAGAAACUAUUAUAGAUGUCUCUUCCAGUAGGCAUACAGCUAUUUGGCCCUCUGCUAUGGUGCAGCUCACUGAGCAGGAAGGCAGUACUACAGGGGGUGUAAAUGUGACUCUUCCUUUCUCAUGCAGUUUUGCCACAGGUCAACGAGCCAUUUGCUUAUUGUUGUAUCUUGUAUUACAGAUUUUAUUUGGUGGUGGUGUAGAAAUGGGUUAGCCUUCACAUUUGAAAACAUGACUUUAUAUAAAGCUGGUCUUGUUAGUAUACAUUUUCCUACUUAUACUGUGCAUUAUCUGCAAAAAAACUAUGUUGAGUAUGCAUUUAAAAUUAGGCAUAAAUUAACCAUCAAAAUGCCAAUUCAGAAUACGUCAACAUAAAUUUCAGCUUUGUCACAAGAUGGGGUUCUAUUUCUUAGAGAUGCUGUAGAGAUGCUGUAAGUUCACUAUAUGGCUUAAAAAUUCAUUUCCAUGGCAUUUCCAUGUCCUUUCUGCUCCCUGCAGUUGGGCCCUGCUUGGGAUACCACAAUCGCAUUAAAGGAUGAGGGUCCAAAUCUUGAAGUUGGCCCCAAUAUGUUUAUAUCUUUACUCAACCACACACUGAGAGUUGGAACAGCAAGCACUUGACUCCCCUUGCCCACCACCUCUAGGAAAAUACCUAGUAUAUUAAGCAGUAUGUGAAGUGUACACCAAGUUUAUGCUGAGUUAAAGCCAGCUAUAAACUGGCAGAUAGGACAGGAGAGGAACCCAUAUUGCCUAACCCUACAUUAAUGAGUUGCGCCCAGGCUGAGUUUGCUGACUGCAUCUGGAUCUAAUUCCAUGCUAAGUUCUAUAAAUAAUGCAUUGUGUAACUAAAUUAUGGGUGAAGGCCAUUCUCACUCAAGUAGAUGUCCUCACUAAUAUAUUUUGCUGUAUGGGCACAGUCAGGACUGUUUCCACAUGCAUUGUUUAUCAUACUGGUGCUCACCUGCCAUUCUAGUGUAAAAACCAAUAAAGCAACUAGCUAAUUCCUUGUUCCCUUACUUCAGGAACAGUAGAGAACUCAUCCCCAUUAUCUUAAAUAUGUCUUGCUUUUACAACAUGGAAAGCAGAAGUGGGCAAACUCAUGACUCCUCAGUUGCUUCAGCUUCCAAUGCUUAUCAACCCCCAUAACUGGCCAUGCUGGCCAGGGGUGAUGGGUAUUGUAGACCAAAGCAUCUGGAAGUCCACAAGUUUAGCAAUCCUGAUUACAUUAUUCAUGAACCCAAAAGGCUUAUGAAUGCUGAGUGUGCUCUUGUGGGAAUUUUCUUUUGUUAGCAGUUUCAAGCUCAAUCAUAGCAAGUUGCGGCUAUAUUCUGUGUGGCAAGCAUCUCGGAACAAGCAGCGCCUCUUGUGCAAGGCUAACUUUUCAAAUAAAAUUUGGUCUAAAUUCUA